AUGUCAAAGUUUGUACCUACAUCAAUAUUGUUAACAGCACCCAGCAACUUUGCAACUGAGGUUUCAAAUCGAUCAACCAUUGCGGUUGUAGUUGCCACAUUCCACAAUCAAGCAUUUUAUGAAUGUCUUAUUUUAUUGUUGAUUUAUUGUAUGUUUACGUUUACAUGUAUCAAUAUUACUCAAAACCUUUGUCCCUUUAGUGAUUGGAAUUGGGUUUGGAAGUGCUUGUACGCCAUCAAGAAGGUAUUUGGCAAGUGGUGGAACAAACUCACAAGAAAAGGUUAUGCUGCUGUUUCGAGUGGUGGUGGCGUUUAUGAUUUGGAAAAGUGUAUUGAUGAUGGCAAGUGGGACAAUGCAUUUGUGAACCAAAUGGAGGCUACAAAACCAGAUAAUGUACAACUUUGUGGAUUAGAAAAGGAAAAGUCAUUGACUGGUUUCUUUGGUGGUGAGUCUGCUACUGUCGAUGAUUACACUAUUACUAUUGCUAUAACUAUGAGCAAAUCACAAUCAUCAUCAUUUUCAUCAUCAUCAAUGUAUGUUGUAAGGUUGGUUAUCAAGUGGAUAGUGUUUUUGGCAUGGUUGUGUGUGUUUUUUAUUUGUCUGACGUACUUGUCAAUUUGGGGUUGUAUCAUAGUAUGUGAAUGCUUUGAUCAGCAACAAAAGGUUGUGGUUGUGGUUGUCAUGUAUAUCCUGUUUGUUGUUUUGCAUUUGGGUGCAUUUUUUUAUGAGAUAUUUAUUGAGUCGUAUUAG